AUGGAUGAAAGUGGGAAGCCAAUGGUGCUCUCCCCUAUGAAUGUGAAUACGUUGGCUUCGCAGGUGUCCCGAUUCUUCAUUAUCAACGUCGUUUUCAGUCUUAUUGUGCCAUCUUACGUAGUGAGCACAAUCUUGAGAGGGAAAAUAAAACUAUCAGAAUUGAAGCUGAUCUACAAGGCUGUGGGGGAAGCCCAUGCCAAUCCCAUUAAUUCACUUCCGGAAUAUCAAGACAAAGAAUUGAUUCGACAACUGUGGAAGAAGGAAUCAGCAAGGCCGUACAUAGACGGAGAUGCCUUGGAAUAUCAAAAGCGAGAAGGUUACUGUAAUUCGGCAACAAUACGGUGUACGCUCAAGUCAUUUCCUGGCUAUCCUACAGAAAAAAUUCCACCUCAGAAGUCAGAACCUGCCGACCCAGAAAAAUGGCAAGGAAUGUCUGCCUGGGAUACCGCCAACGAUAAUGACGGUGACGAAUCUCCGUCCGGAAACGGGAGUACAGCUAAACGAUCAGCCAACUUGGAGAUGUUUCCGGGUUCUUGUUCCUUUCCGGAGUUCCUCACUGCGAUCAAGCGCGGACUAGAAGAUCCCAACUGCAGGGUUGUCUUGAACUACCUCCGACCAGUUCUCUUUGGAUUUGCCGUACCCUGGUGGUUACCAGCUAACAUGUGUCUUGCGCUCGUUGGUGGUCACUUUUCUCCUGUUGUUGGAAUGGUCGAAACAGAAAAGUACAGGAAUGACAACCCGUUGAUUGGAGUAUUUGACGUCAACCACAAGUACGGAGGCGCGUAUCUAGUUCCAGCCAAAACUUUAUUUCGCUCUGUUCAACUGAUGGAUGUAUCUAGUCAAAAGCCGAGAGCGAUGAUACUCGUUCACGACCCAAGAAAGUGA